AUUUUCAUUUGAUCGUAAACCUUUUAUUCGAUUCUGGCUGUCUGGCAGCUGACAUUUUAUGCCUGUUGCUGUUGUCUGGUUUGGAGAAAAGUGGGUGUCUGAUGCACGUGUACGUGCUACGAAAUGGACACUGAAACUCAAACCUUAUUAAAUGACCAGCACUUGAAACCUAAUCAAGGAUUGUCCUUGACUAAUGCUGAGAAUGGCGUAAGUUUUGAUCCAUCGCAGUUCCAGCCUAGAGUGAGAGAUCGGCAUAUUAGUUAUGGAAGCAUCAAUGGAGCUGUUCCUCUACCAGAAAACAAUCGUGAUCCAGAAAUGCCAGGAAAGCAAGCUGUUGUUUUCAGAAGACUCCCCCAAGGAAUGCUUUCCACACUCUCAUCUGAAUUUGAAAGUUUAGAUUAUGAAUUGUGUGAAAAUAAAAUAUUCAAAGAAGAGGAAUCAAAGAAAAGCCCAGGUUCCAUAACGAAGCAGAAUGCAACCAGAUGGGUUGUUGUGUUUUUUAUUGGAGUAUGCACAGCUCUUAUUGCAUGCACAAUUGACAUAUGUGUCGUUGAAAUGACCAAAAUUAAAUAUGGGUUUUUAAAGAAAUAUAUUGAAAAAUGUGUCAAAGAAAAUUGUUUAUACAUUCCAUACCUACAAUGGUUGGGUAUUAGUUGUGGUUUUGCAAUUCUUGCUUCAGUCUUGGUCACAUACGGUGAACCUGUUGCUGCUGGAAGUGGCAUUCCUUUAGUUAAAUGUUACCUAAAUGGUAUUAAUGUGCACCGUUUACACCGACUGAAAACUCUAUUCGUCAAAGCAGCCGGUGUAACAUGCUCAGUGUUGGGUGGCCUUGCUGUAGGAAAGGAAGGUCCUAUGGUUCAUUCAGGAGCAGCAGUCGCUGCCGGAUUAUCGCAAGGCAAAAGUACUUCUUUAGGCUUCGAUUUUGGUAUUUUAAAAGCGUUUCGCUGCGACCAAGAGAAGCGUGAUUUCGUAACCGGAGGUGCUGCAGCUGGCGUUGCUGCCGCUUUCGGGGCUCCAAUCGGUGGGGUGUUGUUCAGCUUGGAAGAAGGUUCAAGUUUUUGGAACCAAAAUAUUACAUGGAGAAUAUUCUUUUGCUCAAUGGUGUCGGCAUUCACGUUGAAUGUUGUCCUCAGCACAUAUCACGGCCAAUUAGGAAUAUUGGCAUACGAUGGGUUGCUUAAUUUCGGAAAAUUCCCAGACAUUCCAUUUGCCUUGUUGGAGCUCCCUAUUUUUAUUGCUAUGGGCAUUAUCGGAGGGCUUGCUGGAGCUCUAUUUAAUCAGAUGAAUUACCAUAUUAGUGUUUUUCGACGGCGAUUUAUUUUGAGCCGCUGGGCCAAAGUCUUGGAAGUCAUUGUUGUUUGUUCAGUUACAGUUAGCGUUGGAUUUAUUAUGAUUUAUUAUGUCGAUGAUUGCAAACCUCUUGGUGCAAAAGAUGCGGUUGAAUUCCCAAUUCAGAUGUUUUGCGAAGACGGCCAGUUUAAUGCAGUAGCUGCCAUGUGGCUACAAACACCAGAAGCAAGUGUACGAGCACUGUUUCAUGACCAGCCAGGCACUCACAAUCCACUGUCAGUAGGAUUAUUUUUUAUCACCUAUUUUUUUCUUGCGUGUUGGACCUAUGGUCUAAGCAUUUCAAGCGGAAUCUUUAUUCCGGCUCUUCUCUCUGGUGCAGCUUGGGGCCGAUUGGUCGGUCUCGGUCUCUAUCGAAUCACUCAAGGAGCCGCGUGGGCUGAUCCUGGCAAAUAUGCUUUGAUCGGCGCAGCUUCUCAGUUGGGCGGAAUAGCUCGAGUAACACUUUCGUUGGCAGUGAUCCUUAUCGAAACCACAGGAAACCUUUCGCUAGGAUUAGGUCUUAUGCUGACUUUGCUCACUGCUAAAUUCGUAGGAGAUUUUUUCAAUGCGGGGAUUUACGAUAUGAAUGUUCAGCUAGCUGGUUUGCCUAUGUUGCCGUGGUCGGCGCCCCCAAUGUGCCAUGGAACACAAGCCCAGUACAUAAUGAGCAAGCCUGUCGUGGUUCUCAAAGAAGUCGAGCGUGUGUCUACUGUCAUCAGCGUUCUUGAAGACACUCGCCACCAAGGCUUUCCCGUGAUAUUCGAAGAUCGCUUUUCUGGUUCGCAAGCCAAACAGACCAGCUUCGGAGUUUUGCGUGGACUGAUCCUACGCAGUCAACUGAAAAUCCUUCUUAAGGAAAAACCAUUCUGCUCUUCGCCAACAGGCAGUACUCGCCCACCUAUUCCUCUAGAGACAUUCCGCAUGUAUUAUCCCCGCUACCCUGCAUUUGAGGACAUACAUUUCACUGAGGAGGAACGAGCUUCGUAUUUAGAUUUACGUCCUUAUAUGAAUCCAACGCCGUACACAGUUCCCAAGCACGCAUCAUUGCACCGUACAUUCCAGCUCUUUCGAGCCCUUGGCCUUCGGCAUUUGAUCGUCACAGAUGAUAACAACGAGGUUGCUGGAAUGAUAACGCGCAAAACUUUGGCCCGUUACCGGGCACGAAUCUGCUGUGGAGCUAUUGACUUUGUCGAGCUUCCGCUAGGCGGCCAUGGUGUUCCACCGUGAUUGCCCAUUAUAUCAGAUCCGUUUGGCAGUGAUAGCCCCACGAUCCCCCAUCCCCCUCCCCACCACACGCUUCCUCCAUUGAUUAGAUUUGAUGCGCACAUAAUUAAAUUCCUCCCGUAAUAGUUUACUUUAUAUUUUGCAGUUUAGAUUUGGGAAUUUUACAUCUAGUCCUAUUUUUUUUUUUCUAAAGAAAAGAAUAUCAUUUGAAAUUGUAAGCUCGAAUUUUCAAUUUCACAGCACGAACUUAUUUCUACACUGCAGUUGAACGCGUGCAGUCUUUUUUAUUUUUCCUUGUCCGGUUUCGCAAUGUUCGCCUUGUUUUUGGUGGUAGUAGUAGAUUUAACAGUUUUAAUCUCAGGUUUAUUUUUGUUGGAAGAUAUUGGCCUUGAAUCAAAAAAGGCUCUCAAUCCGAUUCCUUGUCUUAAAAUUCCUAGUAUUCGUUCCUUAUGUUUGACAAGCCAAAAAAAUAACCUUGCAGAGUUCUUCGUGAUGGAUUGAAACAUGAUACACACAUUUUAUCAUCGG